UACUACGGUGAAGCACUUGCUGCUUCUAUAUCAGAUAAGAAGACACUGACGAGUCCAGGCUAUCCUCUCUUGCCUCCUGCCAGUUUGUUGCCAUGGAGGUGCAGAUGGAUACUCAAAGUACCGGAUGACCUUUCCACCGGUGGAGCAUAUGUAUUGAAAGUUACUUUUAAUCACUUCAAUCUGCAAAAAGGUUUUGAUAGACUCACUUUUUAUGAUGGUAUCAAUUCAGCAUCAACGCGUCUUGGAGAAUCAUAUUCCGGAACGGUCCAUCCUGAUGUGAUUUAUUCCACAGGCAUCCACAUGUUUGUUGAUUUUUCUGUGGAAGAAAAAUGGUAUUUGGAAGCAGGCAGUUUUAGUUUAAACUUUUCAGCCGUGGUCAGAGGUAACGUUAUUUGGGCAUUCUUGGCUUUACUCUGAAACUCAGUUGGCCUAAGGGGCCUAGGGAGGGGGGAGGGGGUGAGGAGAUGGGAUCGUUUAAGUUCUUGCGUAAGUUUGCGGAGUUUGUCUUUCCGUGGUUUGACUAUUGAAGCCUUACAGGUGUUGAAAAUGUACUGUAAGGCUUAGGGGAAAGUCUGAUGGCAUUAUUCACAACACCAUGAUUAGUGAAAAGAGUCACUUUCUUAUGUCUCGCAUAUUUUGGCGUAGAAGAGAAACGUAUUAUAGAAGCACUCAGCUCUUUAUCAAUUUUUUUUCCCGGCGGGGAAGGGAGCAGCAAAGACCUAAAAAUUAAUUAUACCGGAAUAAGGAUGUGUGAGGCUGGUAAAUAUCGACAAGGAUUGCGAAUGAAUGUCUGAGGUCGAGCUUCAACGUUCUUAUUGAUGCAUUCAAUUGCAGAGGAAGCCUUUGGAGUAUGCCAAUCGUCAGAAGGGAAUGCCGAGCGUAGUAACCUCACUGGUUCCUCUGGUACCCUCUUCUCCCCGUUCUAUCCUACUCCUUAUUCGAAAAAUGUCAUUUGUAUUUGGGUGAUUUCCGUUCCUGCUAACAAAAGAGUGAAGCUAACAUUUGAUAAAUUUGAUCUUGCUCCCGGGGAGGACAACGUGCGAAUACUUGAUGGGCGAGAGUCGUCGAGUGAAGAGGUAGCUGUUUACCACGGAUACAACUUAUUUAGUAGUGAGUCAGCGGCGUACUCGACUGGGGGGUACAUGUGGAUAAAGUUUCAAUCCACUCUGAACUCUUGGUAUCAUACUGGAUUUAAAGCACAUUUUGAGGCUGUGGAACCACGUAAGUACAUUAUGAUUUUAUUUAUCAACAGACCAAUGAUUUUUAAGGCGUAAAGCUUGUUCGUUAGCUUGUUCAAUGUUUUUAAUUUGUCGUGAAAAAGUAGGAGCAAAUUGGGAUUUAUCGCUGAUCCUCGCUUGCCUGGUGCUUAGGUGCGCCUUCCACAUCAACUGUGGGGUUAAAUAGGUAAUUUCAGAGAUAGUUAUCAUUGGAAAAUGAAAGAGGAAAAGGCUUGAAGUACCACUGAUUAUAACAUCUCCAAGACUUUUUGUUCCUAAAGACACUUUUGCUCAAACUGCAAAUUACGACGGUAAGGUGUUAUGGAUAGUGACUAAAAAAAAUAAGUUUCUUGAAAUUUCUGGAAUGCCUAGUCACGCUGACAUGCACACACGAACUUUCUACUGUCAGACUAUGGAAUUUUUGAGAACAAUAUAUUAGGUUAUGAAGUUAUGAUGUUAGACUUCUAAAACAGUUGUUUUGUAAGCUUUGGAAAUAUCCUAGAAUACUUUGUAAAUGUAUCUAUGGACUCAGUCGUUUAAUAUGAGUAGUUGUUCUUGUUGGGAGUGCCCGACUGUCUGGAAAGCUAUACCGAGAGAGAUAGAGGGAGAGAGAGAUACUGUGGAAGAUUGUUCAUUUAAAGAAGAUUUGGAGGUAGCCGUGAGUGUGUGUCAGUGGUAAACUAAGAUAUAGUCCAUAAUGGGCUCAAGUAAGUUUUUUAGAAGAUAACUGUUGUAAUACCCACAGGUGUCCCUUCUUAGUAAGAUCCAUUACACGUUGUUUAAUAAAGUAGCUGAGUUUGUAGGAGUAUAGAAUCUCUCUUUCGGUUAAAUUAUACCGUAGGAAAAAAACAUUUAAGUUUGGUUGUCUCGAAGUUUUCCUGUGUAACUGAAUUUAGUCCAUGGCCCUGGACCAAGACUGUUUCCAGAGUAUCUUUGUAUUCCUCUUUUCACUUUGAAUUUAUCAAAUAUGUGGUGAAUAACUUGAAUCACUGACGACGCUGUACCACUUCAUCAAAAAAUGAUACUUCGUUAUCACCUUUGGUAUCACCAGUCGGGCCGUAGUAUUCAUAUAAGUAUUUUAAAGCUCAAAAGGGUGUAAACUCUGUAGAGAGCCUGCCAAACACUUCCCUGAAAAAUGGUAGGUUAAUUUGUGUGAUGCAUCUUUCUUCCCAGCCGGAAGUUCCGAGGAAAGAUGUUUUCCGGGCAACAUUUACAACAACAACCUGAAAUUAUCUGGUUACAGUGGAACUCUUCAAAGCCCAGAGGGAGGGGAAGGGUAUCUCUCUCACUCCAGCUGUAAUUGGCUCAUAGCUGUACCAGAAGGGUGCUUUGUGAAACUCAGCUUCGACACUUUUCAAAUGGUUCAAGAUAGCAUCUCAGGAGGAUGUGAUGCAGAUUAUGUAGAAGUUGUCGAUGGGAAGUACAUCGAUGGUGAGAGCGAAGGAAAAAUGUGCGGUUCCGGUACCCCCAAUAACACCUCCUCUACCGGUCGUUACAUGAUGGUUCUUUUCAGGUCUGGUCCAAUCAGAUCAUCUUUCAGGGGAUUCAAAGCAACAUUUACAGCGCUUCAUGAACCAACAAGUAAGUGAAAGCAUUCCUAUUUCUUCGUUUUCGGGGAAGUCGGUGUCUCCCCUUAAACACCUUGCCGCUCAUUCGUAACAUCCCUCAUUUCCAAUCAGUCAAAGAUAUUUUGUCUCAAAACAUUUUGAAAUUAGGUGGUAGAAAAGGCAAGUUCAAGGCAAGCGUGAAAAGCGUUCUUCAUCACGACUGAUUUGACAGGGUGUUGUUUGAAAAUACCUUAGAGGUUAUUAGCACGAGUGAAACAGAGUAAAUAAAACGAAACUGUUAUGUACUACCCCAUCAAAAUAAAGUAUUUUGAAUUUGGUUGUGAUUUUUUAUGAUAUGUAAUUUCUGAAUGAUGACGCAAGAAUCAGGUAGAGUGGUCGAUAACUGACACAAUUUCAACUGGUUUUGAACUUGUGAUGAUCCACACGUAAGGCAUUCACGACUUGUUAAAUCAUGUUCUAAAAAUGGUAUCUCAUUAUGCCAAGCAUGGCUUUCCGAUGUCUUUUAGCCGCCAUCUAGCCAUAAACAGUUACCUUUUUCACGUCAGAUUUUGAUAGGCUCGGUGGAACAGCCCCACCUGAAUCUCUCCGAAGCCAAUUCCCCUUCCCCUUCCCCUUCCCCCGUGGGAUCACUUCAAGGAAUUUACUUAAGAUUGUUUUCUGACUCCGUAGCGAAAACUAAAGCUGUAAAUUCCAGCGAGUUAUGUUACCCGGAUAACGUCCACAACUUUGAUUUGAGGUUGACCGGAUCAGAAGGGAUUCUAGAGAGUCCGUUGACCUACUACCCACCGGGUUUAUUUUGUGAAUGGCUCAUCACUGUACCCGAGGGACAAAGCGUUGAACUCAUCUUCGAGAGAUUUCAGUUGGCUCCUGGUUGCAGAGAUUAUGUGGAAGUUGGAGAUGGAAUGCCAUUGUCUGACACAUCUUUGGGAACAUACUGUGGAACUACAAUUCCCGAAAACGUUCGUUCAAGUCACCGUAAUCGUUAUAUGUUGGUUGAGUUCUACUCUGCCACAGAUUAUGCGGGUAGAAAACCACACAGAGGAUUCAAAGCCACCUUCAAGGCCGUAUCAAGUUCAGGUUGUCUACCUUUGUUUUAA